AUGUCUGGUAGGUUCUUGAACUAGAUACCCUCUGUUGACCCGCCCGCUAACCGUCACGAUAGUUGACUAUUGUAUGAAGCCAGAAUCGCCAUAACCCGGCCAUAGCUAACCCCAGACAGAUGCAGCCCUGGAGGUCUCUCCUCAAGCAAGCCAGCAAGAAAUUCGUGAUGCCUACAAGAAGUACGAUAGCCGCCCUUUCUUUCCUUCCUCCAUGGCCACCACAAUCUAAUCACCCAAGGUUACAACAGAGCAGCCCUCAAAAACCACCCCGACCGAGUCUCCCACAACGACCCCUCUCGCGCAGCUCGCACCCGGAAGUUUCAACAAAUCAACGACGCAUACUACACUCUAAGUGACCCUGAGCGACGCCGUGACUACGAUUCAAACCGCGCCUACCAAAGCUCCCCCCAGCAUGCGCAGAGCAACUGGCAAGACGACCAAUUCGCAGGUAUCUUCGAAGAGAUGAUGCGCGAGCAAGGCAUGGCCGAGGACACGGGCGAGCAGGCCAUGCCCGACAGGAAAUUGUGGGGAAUCCUUGGAGGACUUUCCGGUGGCGUUAUGGGGUUCAUUGUAGCGAAUGUGCCCGGCAUGCUGGCCGGCGCCGUCGCUGGAAAUAGGUUGGGCGCUGUCAGGGAUUCCAAGGGGAAGAGCGUUUACGAGGUCUUCCAGGAGCUGCCUCAGAGUGAUCGUGCGAAGGUGGGUGCCAGAAUCUUGCUAUCCGCGACGGUGAUUGGGGGUGCCAUUGCGAUCGGGGGGUUGAGGGGAAAGCUGACGAAGGCGGCGGUGAUUAGCUGCUUGGCGAUUUGGCCGCAAAGGUAUUGGCGCACGCUGUUAGCCGUUAGGUGGAACUUCAGGUUUUCGAGAUCGAGGAGAGACGAUCGUCGGUGACCCUUUCUGGGGCGAGCAGGCGGUUGGUUGACGAGAUCUCAAGAGGAGCCCUUCGAUGA